CGACUGUUGGUUUGAAACCCCAACGGACUACUGCUCUCCUCCUGCACUCCCGAGCGAUCUGCGCUUCACUUAACACCGGCGGAUAUCUUCCCCCCUCCAUCAUUCCUCCGAUAUUUGUCCGCACAUAUCUUCUUGAUUACCCCCCCACACACACACUAUUUGCUCUCUUGUUGCCUCCGAAAUAGCCAAAAAUGUCGGUCUGGGACUCUCGGCUGAUGCAGACACCGCCGUUGUCGUCGCUUCCACUUCAAUCUCCAAUGCCAUUUGCACCGGGGCCUAAUUCACAGCGGCCCGCUGGGCAAGGACAGCCACAACCACCACAGCCAUUCCAAGGCUCCCAGCCCUCGCCGAUCUCGGCCCAGUCAACUGCCCAGUCCCCGUCGCAGACGCAGUUCCUUCUGCAGCAGCCUCCGUCGCAGUCGUCGCCCCAGCCCUCGCAGUCGGUGGGGCAACCGACGCUGCCUCCAUCGUCCCAGCCCCGGUCCCAAUCGCCGCACCUCGUCAACGGUAGCAACACACAGCCAUCCGAUACAAAAACCACUCUUUGGAUGGGCGACUUGGACCCAGCCAUGGAUGAAAACUACAUCAAGCAGCUCUGGGGGAUGCUGGGUGAAACCGUCCAAAUCAAGAUGAUUCGAGACAAGUUUUCGUCGGUCAACGCUGGAUAUUGCUUUCUCGAUUUCAGCUCCCACGCCAACGCCGCCAGAUGUCUCAACACCUUUAAUUCAACCCCGAUCCCGGGCACCAACCGGGUCUUCAAGCUGAACUGGGCCUCUGGAGGCGGCAUGGUUGAUCGAAAGGACGACCGAGUGGUAGAAUAUUCUGUCUUUGUCGGCGAUCUGUCUCAGGAUGUUGGUGACUUGCUUUUGUUGCAAACAUUCCAGAAUCGCUACACCUCGACAAGAUCUGCAAAGGUGGUUACGGACCCGCUCACGGGCAUGUCGCGAGGCUAUGGCUUUGUGCGCUUCGGCGAGGAGGCGGAUCAGCAGCGGUCCCUCCAAGAAAUGCAGGGCCAAGUCAUCGGCUCUCGCCCCAUCCGCAUUUCCCUGGCGACCCCCAAGACACGCGGAGGCUCCAGCCACACGCAGAAUGCACUGAUGUCGCAGUACAUGCAACACCAGGGACACCUGAUCGCCGGUAUUCCUGCUGUCCCUCAGCAGAUGCCAUAUGGAGGCUUUGCCGGCGGUGUUGCUCUCCACAGCAAGGGAUCGGCCAAGAUCUCGGGGGCCUCCGCUGCGGCCAACCACCAGAGCGAUCCAAACAACACCACCGUAUUCAUCGGCGGACUUGCAAGCCAUCUGGCCGAGGAUGACCUCGCUGGGUUUUUCCAGCCCUUUGGCGAAAUCAUCAGCGUCAAGAUCCCGCCUGGCAAAGGCUGCGGAUUUGUGCAAUUUACGACCCGUGCCAGCGCCGAGCUCGCAAUUCAGCAGAUGAAUGGAUUCGCGAUCGGUGGACAUCGUGUCAGACUUUCGUGGGGACGAUCCCAGGCAGCCGAACACAAGCAACAUCACCACCACCACCAACAGCAGCAAGCGCAGCCCCAGCAGCCACAGCAUCAUCAGCACCAGCAACCUCAGCAGCACAUGCAUCCGCACCCCCAGCUCGCAAUCACGGUCGGCAACAACGGCUUUGCCAGACAAUUUCAGCAGCAGCCCAUGAUCGGCUAUGACGGUCUGAUGGGGGGAAUGUCGUCAAUGGGCCCUAUGGCCAGUCCUGGGCUGGUUUCUCCAAUGGGUCCCGCUAGCAUCGAUAAGGGUGGAUACCGACAGUCGCUGAUGAUGGGGCCAACUUCCCCGUUCUCCCCCGUUGGUGCAAACGCCCUGUUUUCAUCCGUCCCAAACCAAUUCACCCAGUCGUCAGUUCAGGGCCACGACCGCAACCCCGGCCUGGCUCUCCAAGGACUUGCGCCACUGUCUCCUUUUGAUUCCGGCUUCAAGAGCGAUGGAAAUGCCUUUCCGGUGUCCGGCUGGAGCGAGCCGCACGACGUUCAGAUCGAAAAAGGCUCAUGGAGACCACCAAAUGGCAAGGUGUUUGUUCAGUAGACACACCGCCCUCGGCAUUGCAUAUCGCAAUGGCAUGGAUGAGCUGAAGCGGCUGCUGCGCGCUGUGGAUCCUCGAUCGAAGCCCCCCCCCCAAAGCAAAGACGGACAACGCCGAAGCGAUAGGUGGGGCAACAAGCGUCGACCGCUGCCACCACUGUCGCCAGCUGUUGCCGUCGCCAAGCUGCG